CACGAACAUACAUAGUGGGACGUCGAGUGAAAGAACUUGAGUUCACUUACGCUGUUGCAGAGGGAGAAUUCGCAAACAGGGGAAGUGCAGACACCUUUCUUCCUUCACAACAUUUCCUUUGCAAUGGUUAAAGAAGCGAGAAUGGGGUGUCCUGUGUGGAUGUUAGCUCUGGCUUUGCUGUGUGCAAGUGGCUCAGAGGUUAGAGCCCAGUGCUGGGAGAACAGUGGCUGCAGAGAUCUAAGCUCUGACAGAAAUAUCCUGGAAUGCAUCAGGUUGUGCAGAUCUGAGCUUACAGCAGAAUCUCCUCUCUACCCUGGAGAUGGCCACCUCCAGUCCGUCUUGCUCAUACCCAGUGAAAUCACGACUGCCAGACUUUCCACCCCACAAGAGGAUGAAGCUCCAGAGUCUGGUCCACAACACGAAGAAAAGCGCUCUUACUCCAUGGAACACUUCCGCUGGGGUAAGCCUGUGGGUCGCAAGCGCCGGCCCAUUAAGGUGUACGCCAAUGGGGUGGAGGAAGAGUCAUCUGAGGCCCUGCCAGCAGAGAUGAGGCGUGAGCUAGGUGCUGUUGAGGACAGCACCGUCAGCCAGCAAGAGAAGAAAGAUGGUUCCUAUAAGAUGAAUCACUUCCGCUGGAGUGGCCCACCUACCAGCAAACGCUAUGGAGGUUUCAUGAAGUCUUGGGAUGAGCACAGCCAAAAGCCACUGCUCACACUUUUCAAGAACAUCAUCAACAAAGACGGACACCAGAAGGACCACUGAAGAACUCUUGAUUAACAUUAACAAUUAAUAUUCAUUACGUAGAAAUAUAUUUAUUUGUUCUUAUUUUCCCCACAUAAAUUCAUAUUCUUUGAAGUGUAAGCCUACUGUACACAAUAAACGUUAGAUUAAGAUGAAACUUAUAUGUUAACUAAUAGUACUUUGUUCUAGUAGCCAGCAGUACUUUCACCAUAUAAUCUAUAAUAAAUGCAGACUAGAAGUAGUAUAUUGAUUAAAUAUUGAUUAGAGUCUGAUGGUCAAACCAUUUUCAUUUAUUAAGAUGUACUAUAUUGUAAAAUACGAAAAUGUUAACUAUAAAAUAAUUGUAUUUCAAGCAGUAAAUGUCAAGGUGAUUAUUUUGAAUGAAAACCCAGUAAUGCCAUUAAAAAUAUAAGCACACAAACCAA